AGAGGGACGUGGCGAGACUAACAUCAAUGUAUGUGAAUUGUGAUUUCCCUUUUCGUCCACUUGUUUCCUCUUCACUUUGCUCUUUUCCUUUCUUCUCUCUCCUAUUGUAAGAAGAACACUAACCCACUGCAACUCUGCAAGUCAUCUCUGCUUAAAGAAAAAAGAAAGUAGAGCCUAAAAAUGGCGGGAAGACUUCCAGCGCAAGUUUCCACACCACCGAAACUGCGCCACCAUCACUGCCACACCGGAUGUCCAACUAUCUUGUCUUGGAAAACUAAUCUCAUUCUACAAAACUUCCGCGUUUCUUCCCCUUCUUCUCUCUCUUCUCUUUCCGGAAGAUCUUACGUGCGGCCCUUAAUAAAGUGCACGGCCCAGCCAGCUGCAGCAACAAAUUAUGCUCCAGGCACACCUGUCAGGCCGACAAGUAUAUUGGUUGUUGGUUCUACUGGGACUCUUGGAAGGCAGAUUGUGAGGCGGGCGCUGGAUGAAGGUUACGAUGUACGGUGUCUUGUGAGACCUAGACCAGCUCCUGCUGAUUUUCUCCGUGACUGGGGUGCAACAGUUGUUAAUGCAGACCUGAGCAGACCAGAGACAAUACCAGCAACACUGGUUGGGGUUCACACUAUUAUUGACUGUGCCACUGGACGUCCUGAGGAGCCAAUAAAAACAGUAGAUUGGGAAGGGAAAGUUGCUCUCAUACAAUGUGCAAAAGCAAUGGGAAUCCAGAAGUAUGUGUUUUUUUCUAUUCACAAUUGUGACAAGCAUCCAGAAGUUCCUUUGAUGGAGAUUAAGUAUUGCACCGAGAAAUUUCUUCAAGAUUCUGGACUUAAUCAUAUUACAAUACGGCUAUGUGGUUUCAUGCAGGGCCUAAUUGGGCAGUAUGCCGUGCCAAUAUUGGAAGAGAAGUCUGUCUGGGGAACAGAUGCCCCGACAAGGAUAGCUUAUAUGGACACUCAGGAUAUAGCUCGAUUGACUUUCAUCGCCUUGCGCAAUGAGAAUCUUAACGGGAAGCUUCUCACGUUUGCUGGACCUCGUGCAUGGACGACGCAAGAGGUGAUAACGCUAUGCGAGAGGCUUGCAGGACAAGAUGCCAAUGUGACAACGGUCCCUGUAUCUAUCUUGAGAUCAACUCGGCAGCUUACUCGAUUCUUUCAAUGGACAAAUGACGUUGCCGAUAGAUUGGCCUUUUCCGAGGUGCUAUCAAGUGACAUGGUGUUCUCAGUGCCAAUGACAGAGACCUAUUCACUUCUUGGUGUGGAUCCGAAGGACAUCGUUGGCCUGGAAAAAUACAUGCAAGAUUACUUCACUAAUAUUUUGAAGAAAUUGAAAGACCUUAAAGCCCAAUCAAAGCAAAGUGACAUCUUUUUCUGAAGCGAAGUUUACUAUUCACAUCAACUCAGUUUCGUUCCCAGUUUUGUUGUACAGCAGAGAUAUUACAUGUAUUCUUUGUAAUUUUUCCUUCUUUCUUUCAUACAUUUUGUACCUAUAUAAACAGCUCUAAUUGUAAUUACAAUUACAUAGGACAAGUUUCUACUGAA